AUGCCACCAUCAACAUGUCACCACCAACAUGUCACCACCAACAUGCCACCACCCACCUCUUAUAUCUGUCCCAGACAAACCAAAACCGAAGCUAACAAAACCCAGGCCCCACCAACAACCUCUGCCCUAGCCCUCUCCCUCCUCACAAGUCUGGGCGGAAUAAUCGGCUACACACGGACUGGGUCCCUCCCCUCAAUCAUCGCCGGCGUCUCCGUCGGCCUCGUCUACCUCCUCUCAUUCCUGCGUCUGCGCGCCGGUCAAUCCUACGGCGAGGAACUUGGUCUUCUGGCAUCGGCUGUGCUGGGUGGAAGCUCUGUUCCGCGCGUGAUUAAGACGGGUGGAAAGCCUGUUCCGUUGGCUUUGUCUGUGCUAGCUACUUAUGGGCUUUUUGUUUUUGGGUUUGCGUUUAAGGAGAAGAGGGCGUGA